CUCCAUAGAGUGCUACCGGAAGUAGCUCACCUUAUUUUGAAAAGGACUUUCUGUUGUGAGCUAAGCGGCGGUUCUCUGGCUGUAUGUCCGUUAAGAAACCGAAAAGAAGGCAGACAUUGAAGGCGACCUGCUCUUUAUCCUCGUCUCCAUGCCGUUGAUAUGAGACUGAACCGCAGGUGAUUGGUCAGUUUGGAGACAGGUUUGUGAAACGCGAUGGCUGAGAGGUUCCCUGCCAGCCCUGGUUCUUCAGAACCGGACAGUCCCGGAGGUCUGAACCGAGGAUGUCUGCUGGACCCCACAGAGGCCCUGUUCAGUGAUCUGUCCGUCAUUGUUCCAGAAACCCCCAGCCCACAGCUCGGCAAACGGAGGAGACACCGCCGUACCACGGAGGAUCUUUCCAGCCCCGGACCUCAGGUGGCGGCCGGCGGCUCUGCAGGACCAGAGAAGUCCAUGGGGGGCGGCGAAGGUUUUUCACGUAAAUUUAAGCGCCGGCGACUGGUCGACCCGAGCGUCGGCUUCGUUCCAGCGUCAUCUCUCAGGAGUUUUCCUCCGGGCGGCUGGCUGGAAGCCCCGUCCUCCUCAUCCUCCUCGUCUUCGUCGUCUUCCUCCUCCUCCGUCUCCUACCUCACUCCAGAGUCAGUCCUCAGGUCAAAACGUAUCGAUGCAUCAGCUUCGGCGUUUACCCCUGCAGCAGCUUCCUCAUCCAGCUCGCUGUCCUUCCUCACCGAUGAGGAGAGGAAAUGGCUGAACGAAGGACAAGGAGACGCCACUCUAGACAUGGUGGAGCAGAUCGUCAUCAGCGACGACGAGGAGGCGACGGUUCGCUCGUUACAGAUGAAGGAAGACGAGGCGCUGGCGCGGAGCCUGCAGGUGGGACUAACUUCCUGCUGCAGACUCAGCAGCUCACCUGAACAGGUGGAACCAACUUUCUGUUUUGGUUGUUUGUUUCAGGCUCAGUUCGACCAAGAGGGGUCGUUCAGCACACAUUAUCAUCACAGCCAUCAUCAUCAUCUUCAUCAUCAGCACAGUCCGCAAAGGUGUUUAUCCUACAUGCAGCCCAGCUGGAUGUCUCAGGUGUUGGCCGCCGUCUCUCCUCUAGUUGGAUUCGAAGAUGAUCUGAUUGGUCAGCACAGGCGGCGUGGGCGGGGCCGAAGGAGGAGCCGGUUACCCAACUACGCAGAAGAUCUUCAGGGGAACGACUACGAGGCUCUCCUGGAGUUCGAAGAGCGGCAGGGCGCCGUUGUGUCAAAGAAAAUGAGUCGCAGGGAAAUCCAGAGGUUUCCAACCAAAACCUUCUGCUCUGCGACCAACAGCGGGAACACCCAGUGCCAGAUAUGUUUCUGCGAAUAUGCUGACAAGGAGAAGCUGAGGAUGCUGCCCUGUUUCCAUGACUACCACGUCCAAUGCAUCGACAGAUGGUUAAAGGACAACACCACCUGUCCGAUCUGCAGGGCCAACCUGGCUGAUGAAGACUCUCUAGCGCCCCCUACGCUGUGACCAGAAACUCCUCCCCGUUUUGUAAAGAAUAACAGAUCAACUUGAUUAUUUUUCGACUUUCAUUCCCAUUGUGUUUUUUUUUUUUAUAUUAAACUCUGCAGGGUCAGUUG